ACCUGAACACAACAACAGGAGACGGGAUCCCUAUGCGCCACUACAGACAUGAAACACAUUCGCUCUAAGUUCAGUCGCGCCGCUUCGGAGACAGUUACAGUAGGAUGUGGACUGUAGCGGUUUGUUAAGGAACUACGCGUUUUUUUUCUUCUCUUUUAAUCAUUGGGAAACGGCCGCACAGUGACUUGCAGAAGGUAAACCAGCGACGACGACAGUAGUGCUCCGCUUCGGAGUUCACCCGUGACCAGCAGCAGCAGCAGCAGCAGCAGCAGCAGCAGCAGCAGCGAUGACGGACAGCUCUGACACCACGCCCUUCUUCGCCGAUUAUGUGGAGGGGGAGGAGACUGUGGAGGCGGGGGCGGAGUCUGACAGGCCAGAGGAGGAGGAGCCAGCCAGCGGCGUGUCCAAUGUUAGAGCGGUGCUUACAGUGGGCGUGCUCUGCUUAGUCAACCUGCUGAACUAUAUGGACCGCUUCACUGUAGCAGGUGUUCUUCCAGAUAUUGAGAAGUACUUCAACAUCAACGAUGGGACCUCAGGCUUGCUUCAGACAGUGUUCAUCUGUAGCUACAUGUUCCUGGCGCCUCUCUUUGGUUACCUUGGCGACCGCUACAACAGGAAGGUCAUCAUGUGUGUGGGCAUCAGCUUCUGGUCCGUGGUGACGCUCGCCAGCUCCUACACACCUAAAGACCAUUUCUGGGCGCUGCUGCUGACGCGUGGUCUGGUGGGCGUGGGAGAGGCCAGUUACUCCACCAUCGCCCCCACCAUCAUCGCCGACCUCUUCGUCAAGGAGAAACGGACCAGAAUGCUCACAGUCUUCUACUUCGCCAUCCCCGUGGGCAGUGGCCUGGGCUACAUAGUGGGGUCAAGGGUCGAUAACCUGGCAGGAGAUUGGCACUGGGCACUACGGGUCACCCCUGCGCUGGGACUGCUGGCGGUGAUCCUGCUGAUCUUCGUGGUGAAGGAGCCUCUGAGGGGCGCCAUAGAGGCCCGUCCUGAACACACACUCCAGCGCACCAGCUGGGUCGCAGACAUGCAGGCCCUCUGCAAGAAUCCUAGUUUCAUCCUGUCCACGAUGGGCUUCACGGCGGUGGCGUUUGUGACGGGCUCUCUGGCUCUCUGGGCUCCCGCCUUCCUCUUCAGGGCCGCCGUCUUCAACGGGGAGAGAGGACCCUGCCGUACCAACUCCUGCAGCAACGACGACAGUCUGUACUUCGGGAUCAUCACGUGUGUGACGGGCGUUCUGGGCGUGGCGAGCGGCGUGGAGAUCAGUCGGCGUCUGAAGCGGUGGACGCCACGAGCCGACCCGCUGGUCUGUGCCGCCGGACUGCUGCUGGCCGCGCCCUUCCUCUACCUGUCCAUCGUCUUCGCCCAGGGCAGCACCAUCGCCACCUACGUGUUCAUCUUCCUGGGGGAGACCUUCCUCUCCAUGAACUGGGCCAUCGUAGCCGACAUCUUACUGUAUGUUGUAGUGCCCACACGCCGGUCGACUGCAGAGGCCUUCCAGAUCGUUCUUUCUCACCUACUGGGAGACGCUGGGAGCCCCUACCUGAUAGGACUGGUGUCUGACUCCCUGAAGAGGGAGGAUUCGUUCAUGUGGUCGUUCCGCUCGCUCCAGCUCUCGCUGCUCAUUUGCUCCUUCAUCGCCGUCGGGGGCGGGGCCUUCUUCCUCGCCACCGCCGUCUUCAUCGAGAAGGACCGCCUCCUGGCUGAGAACUACGCCCCGUCGGAUGACGCACCAAUUGUUGUUCCCAAAAGAGGCAGAUCCACCAAAGUCCCAGUGUCCAGCGUGCUGAUUUGACGAGGGAAACCGCUGUGGGCGGGGCCGUCUCCACUGAGAGAGCUCAAUCCUCAUUGGAGCGUCUGAAGAACCCCUGAAGCUCACAGCCAAUCAGAAAGGGAGCGUUUUUGAUUGGAACAUUUGAUUGGACAGUUCCUCCUGCAGGGGAGGGUUUUGUUUUAUUGUAUUUAUUCUGCCUAUAAUUAUCAUUUUAAUGUUUUAUGGUUAUUCACCUUCUGACCACCAGGGGGGCGUGGAGCAGGCCGCGCCCCCUCACUGGCGUCUCUGCUCGGACUGGAGGCUGCUGGGAAACGUAGUCCACUUCUGAGUCGGGCAGGAAGUAGUGUUGGGAGGGAGGGGUGUGUGUGUGUGUGUGUGAGAGUGAGUGUGUGUGUCUGUGUGUGUGUGUGUGUGUGUGUGUGAGAGAGAGAAUUUGCGAGCAGUUGUGUGUGUGUGUGUCUUAACCCUCUACCUUUUAUAGACUGACGUCUACAUCACACUAAUGUUUCAUUACUACAAUAUAUAUCCUGUCACACACACACACACACACGUUCUUUUAGUUUUAAAGCGUUUUAGAGCAUUUAAGGGUUAAAGAGUGCCACUCACAGCUGAGCUGCGGUGGUUGCCAUGGGAACUUCAUCCUUACUGUUCAAUAUUAACCUCGUCACGAUUCCUUUUGCGUGCGUGUGUGUGUUUGUGUGUGUGUGUUUCUGAAAGUUGACAGUUGCACAUUCUGCAAAUGAACA